AACCCUCCCAUCUGUGCCUGUCAAUCAAGAAGCUCAGGAGUAGCUGGCUGUUUCUGAACUGGUAACCAGCGACAUAUGAACUUCUCGUCUGCAGGAGACACGACUGAGAGACCAAACCAGGCUCUGGCUCAGGGAGACGUCGGGAACUGAAAUACAAACAACUGAAGCAGCAAAAGAAAAGAUAUCACAAUGUCUUAUGAACGGAUUCUGUCCAUUGAAAAUUUAAGUGAAGUUUCAAACCCAUGGAAAGGAAUUACUAUGAACCGCUGUUUGGUGGUGGCACUGGCUGUUCUACUGGUGAGCUCAGGAGUUAAUGAAGUACACGAAGCUCUGGAUUAUCUGGUGGAGGAGUCUGGAAUUGUUCCGUUGUACAACAGUCUGCAGAGUGGCUCUUUACCACGGAUUUCCUUAUGGGACAGUCUGGUGAGCUGGUGGGGAUCUGAGGAAGUUGGAGCAAUAAGAAGACGGAGAAAGCCAAUGGGCCACAAAGUCAUCCUGAAACCAAAAUCUAAAGAAUAAAAGCACAAAAUACACCUAAAAGAUGACUAAUCAGAUCUCAUCAGCUGUUUCUGACUCCUGACUAAAACAUCACAUUUAAUCAUUAAGUUAUUUUUAUUCUGCUUCAUGUUUCGGUUCAAUCGUCAAGAGCUCAGUUUGAUUUAUCUGACAGGAAAAUGAACACAGAAAAACACUGUAAUGAAAAACCUUGGAUUGAGUGGUUUUAAAAUUCUUUUAUUGAUCUUGUAAUAAUCAAUGAAGGACUGAAGCUAUCAUUUAAAGAGAGUAUGUUGCAUCAUUUCUGUGAAAAUAAAGUCUAAAACGAUCUUUCUAA